AGUUGUUAUCGUGACAGGCCUAGAGGUGAUCAAGACAAUCAUCUGAUUAUAAUGGAAAUGUUUAGCAGCAGACAUCAUGUCGCCUGGUUAAACAUGCAACUAUCGAAGAAAUGGCGAUUGUAGCAGUAACUAAUCGUGUGACAGUGCUCUGUGACUGUCAUUAAAUAAGCAGUGAGCGGGAAAACAUUUGACCCAUUAAGAGUUUACAGGUUCAGUGCUGUUUAUUUUGUGUCUUUACAGGUUUUUAUCAUUUUCUCUCAAUUGGAAGUACUUGUAGUCCAAAUGAAUACACAUCUGCUUAUGGAGAAUGUUGUCCAAUGUGCAAUCCAGGAUCAGUAGUACACAGUGACUGUAGUGAAGAUGUAAGUACCACAUGCAAACCCUGCCCUCCAGGAACAUUCGUGAGUGAACCCAAUGGUCUUCAUCUGUGCUUCACAUGCAAACACUGUGCUGAAAGUCAAGGCCUUUACAGCCAGAGUAAAUGCACUACAAUAAAAAACACCAUCUGUGAUGUGCUUGAUGGAUAUUACUGCAUUGAUUACUCCAAUGCACUGUGCCGUCAUGCUCAAAAACACAGAGUUUGCAGACCAGGACAAGAAACAAAAACACCUGGGACAAAGACAUCAGAUACAGAAUGUGUGGACUGCGCUCCUGGGUUUUAUUCUCCAUCAGGGCUGAACUGCACCAAAUGGACGGACUGUGCAGCCAGAAAUGAGAUUCAGACAGAAGGUGGCAGUCCUGAGAAAGAUGUAACGUGAACAGAAGCCAAAGGAAAGAUAUGGUCUUGUAGAUUUAAUUGCAGCUUCCUUCGCAGAAUUCUACAGAAGUUUUUUCUCUGAAGUUCAGAAGGCCAAUAACG